AUGGCUUACGAAGAGCUACUUCAACCUGAGAUCAAGGCUCGUGGUCACAGCAGUAUAGCGCCACCUCCAGGAUUCGGCCUGCAAUUGUCUUCCAAGGCCAAACCCGUGGAACCUGUGAAGAAGCCUACCCCAGCUGAACUCGACAAGUUGAAGCUCAAGAAGGCUUGGGACAUUGCCUCUGGCCCUGCCAAAUCUGUCCCUAUGAACUGUUUCAUGAGUUACAUGACGGGUAACUCUUUGCAGAUGAUUCCAAUUAUGAUGACGGUUAUGCUUCUUCUUAAUCCUAUCAAGGCUAUUUUCUUAGAGACGAAUAAGGCGUUUGCUUCCUUGGAGACAAGAAACGCCUCUGAUUUGCUUCUUCCGAAAGCAGCAUUUGUGGUUUUCCAGCUAGCUAACGCUGGAAUUGGCUUGUUCAAGCUCUGGCGUAUGGGUUUGAUCCCCAACGGUGAAGCAGACUGGCUAGGGUGGAAAGAGGUUACUCAGGUCGUGGAGAAGUUGAGAACGUGA